UCAUCGGUCAACUGGUUAGUCGAACGAAAUCAUAGGGACUUUAGGUGGCAACUAUAAAGAAAUGUUUUGAUUUUUUUUGUUGAUUUUGCUUUUGCAUCGCAUGGUGUUCCUCAAGAUGCUUCCGAGGCCAUUAGUUAGUCUGUGGACUGAAAACUUGAAGCUGGCGUACCAAUUUCCUAAAAUGCCUGUAUCAAGUUCAUACACCAAGCAUGCAUCAAGUUUGUGCUCCAAGCACAUGAAACUGAUCAAUCAACUUCCGAAAAUGUCUCCAUCUAGUUUAUAUACUGAACACCUAAAGAGUCUACUUCCUAAAACGCUUGCAUUCAAUCUUGCAGACAUUAAAGCUGCUAAUUCUAGCAUUCUGCAGAUCACUCCCAGUGUCUCUCCUCUGACCGGAUUUUUCGAUUCUUCAUCAAACAGCACAACUGGAACAUCUCCUUUUGGAGGGAAAUGGUUACCAACAGGUGUCCCUCACUGGAACUUAGACAUGCCCACUGUCCCCCCCAAUAGGCUAAAGGUGUACGAAGACGUCACACAAGCAUGGAAGACGAUUCAAGAUCCUGAUGUCAAUCACAAGGAAAUCAAAGACAAACCAUUACCUGGGCUCUCAAAGAAGGAAGCUGUUCGCAUGAUCGUGAUCCGUAGGCGCAAAAUGAGGAAGCACAAGCUCAGGAAGCUGCGCAAGAGAAUGAAGUUUGUCUUUGCCAAGGUCAAGCUGAAACGAGCAUUGCGUAAAGAACAGGCAUUUCGCACGGAGCUUCUGACGCAAGUGGAAGCGGCCGACAUGUUUGAUGCCAAAACAUAUGUAGAGAAUAUUCUUCAUACACUGAGGUACCAUCCCAAGCCAGAGACUGAAGAAGAAAGAAGAGAGCGUUACCGAAUUUUGAAAAAGAUGAACCGUUACAACACAAAUUUCCAGAGGCCUAAGUUUGAUGACUAAUUGUCUUCUUUCUCUUUCUCACCUGUAUAGAAUCUAUUAUUAUAAUUGUGAUGUUUUAGUUUGGAAAUAAAUAUUUGCAU